CGUUGCCUUAAGGGCUUGGGGAGACAAAACCCAUAUCUGGCGCCAUCCUCGCUCCUGCCCUGACUUUUUGUUUGCUGUCUCUUGACGUUGGAAUUGCUUGCCUGCUGUCUUUUCGUCUUAGUUCUGCCCGGCGCUAUCUACAGCACCGUCCUCGUACCAUCGUACUCGGUAUCCAGACCCGCAUCUAGCGGCCACAGCGAUCAGCGCAGAGCACUGGUCGCAGUUCGUUCGGCACUGGAGACCCUGCAGACUGCAGUAACGGCGAUGCAGACAGCUUGAUCUCGUGGCACGGCUCUCUUUUUGCUCUUUGGACGCUCCCAACUACCCUACGCUCCUUGUCACCCUCGCCCCGCUGGCACAAUGCCUCCCCGCGACGCCAACUGGAUAGAUGGCCUGCGCGGCAUUGCGUCCUUCAUGGUCGUGUGCGGCCACUUGUGCACCGCCCUCGUGCCCUGGCUGCACUCGCCCGCUGCCGAUGCAAAGACGGCGCCGCACCUGUUCCAGCUGCCCUUCUUCCGCCUCGCAGUCGGCGGCCGCAGCGCCGUAGCCAUAUUCUUCCUCGUCACCGGCUACGUCAAUUCGAUAGGGCCCAUCAGCAAGUCGCGGGCCGGCAACCACGAUGCGGCAUUCACAGGCAUUGCGCGCUCCGCUCUUGCGCGCUCCGGCCGUCUGGUCCUGCCCACAAUGGCAGCGACUUUCGUUACAUGGUUUAUGGCGAACACGAACGCGUACCACAUGACUAAGCAUGUCGACUCGACGUGGAUCCGCCAGGGCUGGCACAGGCAGGAGCCGACGCUGUGGGAGGCCUUCAAGUCGCUGGUCAAGGUUGAGACCGAAACAUGGACAGUUGGCUGGAACGAGUACGACGGUACACAGUGGACCCUGCAUUUGUUCCUGGAGGGCAGCAUGUUGGUCUACACAACCAUGUUUGCGACUGUCAUGGUCAAGCCAAAGGCGCGCCUGAUAAUCUACGCUGUGCUGUACAUCUAUUUCUGGCAGAUGGGCGAGGGCCUCGCAAUUGGAGCCCUCAAGGGCCUCAACAUCGUCACAGGCAUGUUCGUCGCCGAACUCCACAACCACUACAAGGAUUCCGCGACCUCCGUCCUCCCGGCGCCCAUCCCCGCCAUGAUGAUCGUUUUGGGCAUGUUUCUCGCCGGCUACCCUCAGGACAGCCCUCAGAACGCCCACUGGUCACACGUCAUGCAGAAGAUCAUGCACAGCAUCACAGUCGAGAAGUCGGACGUUCGUCGCUACUGGGACCAUCUCGGCGCCUCCACUGUCCUCCUCGGUAUCUUCUUCUCCGCCAGGGCCCGCAAGGUCCUCACAUCUCCAGUUUUCAACUUCCUCGGUCGGGUCAGUUUCCCUGUGUACUUGCUGCACAACACGUUUAUCAAGUCGGUCCUCACGUGGAUGAUCUACCUCCCAUCCGCCAUGAACCCGCCACGGAACGAGAAGGGCGAGCAGCUAGAUCUCCAGCGCGGGUCCGCAACACACAUUUUCAUUGCUGUGGCCAUCUUCUACUACACUCUCUACCGAACAGCAGCGCUGUGGAUCAAGCACGUCGACCCGAUAUGCGCGAACAUAGUAAACGCCGCAACAAACUGGGCAUACGGCGAGCCCCAACAACGAGAGCCCCGGCCGAUCCUCGCAAAAGGGAGCGCAUCUCCCAAGCAGACCUCCGUGCUGCCAUCGUGA